AUUACCAGACAGAAUUCGCGCUUCUCAUUCUUACCUAGGGUUUUCUGCUGCUUCUUCUUCCUUCCGAUCUGCCAAUACCUCAAUUUUCUUUCUAUGCUGAAUCUCUAUAAUUGACACAUUUAGCUCAAGAUUACGCGAUGCCCAGGUAUUACUGUGACUACUGCGACACUUAUCUGACGCAUGAUUCCCCUUCGGUGAGAAAACAACAUAACGCAGGAUACAAGCACAAGGCGAAUGUACGAACAUACUACCAACAGUACGAGGCGCAAUUAAAUCAAAGUUUGAUAGACCAAAAAGUGAAGGAACAUCUAGGUGCAUUUAGACCCCCACCAGGUGUCGCUUAUAAUCCGAUUCAAAUGAGGCCCGGUUUAAUGCCCAUGCCUCUCCCAGGCCAGUAUCCUCUCGGUAUGCAAUUUAGACCUCCUGUUUUGCCCCGGCCACCCGGUGCUCCUGGGGGGUAUGCACCACCUCAAAUGCCACAAAUGGUGCUACCACCGGGAGCUCCUAUGCCAGGUCAGAUGAACGGUCUACAAAGACCAGGGGGGCUUCCACCCCCUCCUCCGAUGAUUCCUGGAAUGCCAAGUGGGGGUGCACCACCGCCAAUGUUUGCACCACCGCCAAUGUAUCAAGGGAAUGUUUCUUUACCUACAAGCGGAGGAAGUGAUAGUUCUAGUAUUAAUAACGCUCAAGCUACCGAGGCUAAUCAGUAGUAGAGUCUUCUUAUUCUCUUUCCGUAUUCUUUUGGU